AUGUAUGAAGCAGGAGUGGUCAAAGCCUUGAAGGAUUUGUCACCUGCCAUCCUGAAGUCUGCAGCCAGGAUCUAUGGAGCAUCUUCAGGAUCUAUUAUAGCUACACUUGCCGUGUGUGAGUGUGAUACAGAUGAGGUGAAGAAGUACUUCUACAGUGCUUUGCCCAGGAGUUUCUGGGGGUUUGUUCCUGGAGGAAGAAUGAUUCAAUUCCUGAAGGACACCUUAGAGAAAUACCUGCCUCCAAAUGCCCACCAGCUGGCAACUGGGAAGCUGCACAUCAUCCUCACCAGGCUGCGGGACUGGAGGUGCAUGGUGGUCUCAGAGUUUGCCUCCAGGGAGGAGCUCAUCCAGGCCAUCACCUGCAGCUGCUUCAUCCCUCUGUACUUUGGGUUGAUACCUCCUACGUUCCGUGGGGUGAGGUACGUGGAUGGGGAGCUGGCCAUGUGGCAGGCUGAUUUCUUGUCCCCAAGCACCAUCACCAUGUCCGGGCUGGCCGGCGAGUACGACAUCUGUCCCAGGGAGGGCCCAGCUGCCUUCAUCACCUUCCAGAUCUCAGAUUGCAUCUUGCUGAUCUCCAAGAGGAACUUCUGCCGCCUCCAGUGUCUCCUGUGCCUCCCCAAACACGAAGUUCUGGAGCAGAUGUAUCUCCAUGGCUACCAGGAUGGAGUCUCCUUCUUAAGAAGGCUGGGUAAAUUUGACAUCAAUUACGCUGAUGAGGACUUCAUGCUUUCGUUGGCCAAUGAAUUAUAUCAGAAAGGUGAAGAGACCCUAAAGUUGAAGCUAGAAGCAAGAGUGCUCCACUCCAGAUCCACAGACCCUGAGGAUGUCACUGCAGAGAACCCAGGGACCAUCUGGGCAGCAGAUGAAGAGGAAGCCCCACAACACCUUCUCCACCAGCAGAAAGGGCCCCUCCAGCCACAGAAGAGCAUCUUGGGGGCCAAAGGCAGCAGUGGGGUCACUUCAUGCUCUGAAGAGAGAACAACCAACCUGCAGCUAGACACCAAGAUGCACUGA